UUGACACGUGAAAUGCGAGUGAUUAUCACCGCAACUUUCAUUCCCUAAUUCUCGAAGAAAAAGUGUCAACAUUAAAUGCAUCAUGAAGCACGACAAUCUGAUGAAGCGUGCGACAAUGACCAAGUGUAUAACGAAAAAUUGAAAAAACGUGUUUAUUAUCGUGUGUAAAAAGAAAAGUGAGCCGUUGGGGCGAGAGUUUGGCGAACGGAACAGCGUGAUCGAAAGAGGGGCUCAAGCGCGCGCGCGAGGGCUCUCGAAUUUUUUUUCACAUUCAGAAAGAAAUAGAAAAAAAAAGCGGAGUAAAAUACGCACAGAAUGUGAAUUAAACGUCGUCGGGCAAUGGGUGUUGCGAGUUGAGGAGGAAAUACCAAAAGAUGAGGCAUAAAUUAAAUAAUAAUCUUGUUGUGGUGCGGGCACGUGUUGAGGACAUUACGAAGUGAUAAGUGUGUUUAUUAUUUUGAUAGGCUAAAUUCUCCCAUUGAGGAUUCAGCACCGAUGAGCCCGGAUAUAUGGCGGCGCGGGUGCUUUUGCUCGGCAUUUUGUUUACGGAAGUGCUCGAGCCCCUUUGCGCCGCAGGUGUUAAAGGUCCUAGCAAUUUGCAUGGCAAAAAUGGGCCUAAGGGAGACAGCGUAGACCUGCGUUUUGCAAAAAAUUCUGGUCUAACGCUGCCAAUUGAGCCGAGUGGUAAUAUAGUAUUGGGGAAACGUGGUGUCACGUUGAAUUGUUUAGCUAGCAGCAAUGACAACAUUACUUGGCUCUAUAAUGGUGAACAGGCGCCACCGUGUGGUGUCACUCGGUGUGGAUUAUUGGAUGAUGGCUCAUUGCAUUUUUAUAAGAAACAAAAUUUACAAUUGGUACAAAAGUCAAAAGAGGGGACUAGCAGUGGCACUAAACCAUCUAAAAAACACGUGUACCGUUGCAUUGGUCACACCAGUGGUGGAUCGUUACGAUCAUCACCAACUACUGUACAAAUUGCUGAGCUUGGACAUACCUUCAAAAAAUCACCGAAUGAUUUGACGGUUGUGGAAGGCGAAAUCGCUAGAUUCUCAUGUCUAAUUGACAGUGUACCGUUUCCUCCAAACAUUACUUGGCAACAUAACGGAGAACCUGUAUUAACGGAUCACAAUAAUACUAAAUAUUUCAUGGUACCACCUGGUGUUCUUUAUAUUAGCGCUACAAAACCGUCUGAUGCUGGUUCAUAUAGAUGUGUGGCGACAAAUGAUUUUAUGAAAAAGACCAAAAGGAGCAAAGAAGCAAAACUCACAGUUAUUUCAAGAUUGGAAACUAAUGAGCCUAGAACUUUAGGUUCACUUUAUCCACAAAUCUCAUACAAUCAUUCGUUAUUGAAUGGAUCGAAUCUCAAAGUUAUUUGCGCUGCCAGUGGCUAUCCUCCGCCCUUAAUCAUCUGGUCUUUUGUACCAAAAUACUCAGAUGGAAGCGGCACUGUGCAAAAUCGCAUUCUUCUCAACUCCACAAAUGGGAUCAGUGUACUCGCAUUGAAGAAUGUCAGCACUUCUGACGCUGGUACUUAUCUGUGUUCCACGAAAAAUGCCGUCAGCAAUGGAUUGGAAGUUCAGAAUAUUACUGUUGACGUAUCGGUUCCACCAACGCUGGUAAAAAAACCAGUCAAUCAGAUCUGUCCAAAUGGAAGAACUGCGAGAUUCGAAUGUCAAGCGCAAGGAACUCCUCCACCUCAAAUUUAUUGGCUCAAAGAUUCCGAGAACAUUGCUAUGAAUGGACGAAGAACAACAUACAUCAAAGAAAAUAAUAAAAUAGAACUGGCGAUAUCAGCAACAGUACCAUCAGACUCUGGUAUUUAUCAGUGCGUAGCGGUGAAUUCCGCUGGUGAAAUUUGGGCUGCUGGUCGGCUCCAAGUUAACGCAUCUCGCAACAGUCCAGCUACACCAACGUCUCUUAAAUGCUAUUCAGAUUCGCCAUUUAAAAUUGAAAUUUCAUGGGUACCACCAAAAUCUCUACCAUCAACAAGUAUCACUGCGUAUACCGUCCAUUAUAGCCCUGCUGAAGGUGGUAAAGAGGAAGUAUGCCCUGAACCUGGUAAUUCGACGUCGGUGGAGGUGACAAAAUUACUUGAACCGUAUACCAAUUAUUCUUUUUACGUUCGUGUAUGGAAUAAUCAUGGAGCUAGUGAUCAAUCAGAACCGAUUGUUUGUGCUACUGCACCAAGUGUUCCAAAGAGCGCGCCUAGAGUACACGUUGAUAUAAUAAGCAGUACAAAAUUAAAUGUAACAUGGGAGCCUUUAACGAAGAGAGAAGCCAGAGGCGUUGUUAUUGAGUACAAAAUCCAAUGGAGGCUUCACGAGCAUCCAUCAUCGCGGGUUAUUACUGUACCUGCUGAUGUCGAGAGUUAUAUUCUAACAGAUUUACUUCCUGGGUCGCAGUACGACUUGAGGGUUUUAGCGAGAACGGAACAGGGAUGGCCGAACAUCAGUGAAUCCCAGUUGACAUGGACCAGCGUUUCAACGCCAAGUGUUGAUACUGAUGAACUUAAUGUUAAAACUAUUAUUGAUAUUCAUGUGGUGACAUUGAAUGCAUCUAGUUCAAAGAUUAAAUGGGAGAAUCAUUCGAAUAGGAAUAAUUAUUCAGGAUUGAAAUUCGAUGCCUGGCAAGUGUAUUGCGAGAAUAUUAACGGUGACAGGAUACUCACUGAAACAUUGUCUAAAAAUGCUACAGAUUAUAUCUUCACUAAUUUACAUCCCAACGUUUCUUACAUCCUCGGUUUAUGCGUCGAGAAUAAAGGAGUAGUAACUGAUUGCGUAUCGAAAACAAUUAAAUCGAUAUAUAACGAUGCAGAAAAUAUCCCAAUGGCACUAGAAGCAAUUCCACUCUCAUCAUCAUCAAUUCAAAUAACCUGGACAUCAUUGCACACACGUUCAAAGAAAUUUGAAGUUUGCUAUCAGCCAGUAGAAUCACCAACCAUAGAAUCAAAAUGGCUGUUAGUGAAUGGUACAAAAGUAACAGUGGACAAACUGAAAGCAUUCACACUUUAUCAAUUCAAGGUUCGAUCCUUUCAAAAUGACUCCAGGCAAUUGAAUGAGUUCAGUGAGAGUAUAGAGUGCUAUACGGGUGAAGAUGUGCCAGGAAAGCCUGAGGAAGUCCAGAGUUUCAGGGAUGGUACGAAAAUACGUGUUGUUUGGAAAAAACCGAUUCAGACGAAUGGAAUAAUUCGGCAUUAUUUCGUGUCGUAUGUGUCGGAUUCAACUGAGUCAAUGGUUUGGGGCAAUGUAACAGUACCUGGUAACCAAACGUGGGCACUUUUGCCUGAAUUUUCGUCGGGUGGACGGCACUAUGUGAUGAUUCAGGCAGCAACUAGAGUUGGAUAUGGAAAACCGUCUGACGCAGUUCUUGUUUUCACCAGUAGUACUGCAUCGAAAAGUCCCAAUUUUUCGAACGAGCGAAAACCACCUGCGAUACCAAAGCCGGAUCAAAGCCUGGGAAUUAUUCUUGGCGUUGGUAUCAGCAUUGGAUUCAUCACGAUCAGCUUGUGCAGUAUAUACUGUAGAAAAAAAUGGGAACACUCUAGGUCACUUCGGGAGACUGCGCAACCGCUCAAAAAUCGAGUUCUUUUGAGAAAUGGAAAUGCUUGUUGUGUUGAUAGAUCAUCAACUUCUGUUAAUCAACAGCCCAUUAAUGCAACUAUGAACUGUAAUGAGAUUGAAUUGGCUACUUUGUGUCCUUCGUCACCAAAUUCAACGAAUCCUCAGCUCGAUACCAAGGGAAUUCAGGCGAAUGGUACAGUGGAGGGUAAACAGCCUCUCCUGACUUCUUGGAAUAAUUCAAAUGAGGAUCAAAUGAAUCUUCAUAUUACAGAAAAUCCGCAGUACGAGCAGAAGAGCAGCCCAUUAUCCACCAGGCAGUUUGAUCAAGAGGCAGAUUUAGACACGACAGAAUUCACAAUGAUGGACUGUACAUUAGCCGGCAGUGAUACUAGUUUGAAUAACAACCUCGGUUGUGUGUCAUCAACACCCCACAAAAUAACACCAAUAACAAUUCCGGUAUUGGAGCCCAACGGUUGAACCUCGCCACCACUUUUCUCGGGAACAAGGCAUCAUUAAAUCCAUUGAGAGUAAGUAAACCAAACAAUAUUUUCGUGGACGAACUUGAGACCGAGAUAAAUGGGAUUAUUCACUGGUUGAAAAAAAUAUCCUGUGAUCAGUAAUUUGAGCAAACGUCCGCCGUCAGAGGUCUGCCGUUAAGUCUCAAUGAGUAAUGACACAAUCAAAAGGAAAAUCUGGAUGUAAGGGAAAUCAUGAAACAAUGAUUAUGAUACAGAUAUACAGAAUAACUUAGUUUUUUAAAAAAUGAGAGAAAAACGAAAAAGACGAGAAAAUCACACUGCUUAAUUGUUAAUGUGUAUAUAUUAGAUAUUCUAGUGUACGAUGAUAAGUGGGUGAAUAGUUUGUGCUUGUAUGCAAAUCACCCGCAUCAGGAGGAAUGAAAUUCAAAAAUAUAUAACCAAAUAAUGUGUUGGUUGACGCAACAGAAUACAGACAAAAAUAUAUUUGCUCACGAUUUGAAUUUCCACUUUCUGCGAAAAUCUGAAGUUGACAGCAGCGUUGUACAGACACGAAUUGGAAAAAGAAUCAUAUUAAUGUACAUAGCAGUAAUUUCUAAAGAAGUUGUCAUUGUUGUAGGGGGAGCAUUGGUCAUGUAAUAGCUGUUGAUAGUGAAUAUGAAGAUAACUUCGAUCCGCUCCAUUGAUAUCAGCAAAUAACAUAACAGAAAAAAUAGUAUUGCAUGUAGGAAUUCCUGGCACAUUGACACAUCCUGCACACAUGGUAUCACUCUUCUCCCAGGAACAAUCGACAGAUUGAACAUUCCACUAGAGCCACGAAUGAUGAAGGCUCAUAAUCACAUUUUUUAGUUUCUCCGACACACGCAUAAAACCGUAGAUUUUUUCAAUGAAUUUUUCCUUUGCAUCGUGUUUCAUUCACAAUGAUCAUUUUUCAUUCAAUCAAUUAACGAUUUUUGUUGUCCUUAUGUGUAGUUUGAAUUCUCGUGAUGCGUUUUAUCCGUUGUUUUCAUCUUUCUUCAUCUGUAAAGUUCGAUUUUAUGUGUGAAGUUAUAAUUAAUAGACAAAAUGAGUAUUUCGAUUCACAAGAGUCUCCUGACAGGUAGAAAAAUUAUGCAAACGGAACACAAUCCAGACAUACCAGACUGGCCCAUGUUACCAUGACAGAGAAAAAAAACCCAACUCAGUACCUGAUAGACUAAGUUAUAUUACCUUAUGUUUUUUUUAACUCAACGAUGUCAAUGUUAUUGCAGUACCUCCAUUUGUUGUUAUUUAUUACAUCAUUACAUUCAAUCAUUGAUUUACUACUAGGUUUUCAUUUCCGAAAUAUGGCAAUAGAACUGUUACACAACUGUUCCAUUACAAACAUGACUACAAUUUAUUUGAAGGAAUUAUAUACUCAUAUCACAACUCGGUGGAGUCGAAUCCAAUCCAGAGAACAAUUCAAUAGAACAAAGUAUUUAUUUCAUUUACCAUAAAAUGCAAUAGUUUAUAUACAGGUUACAGAUCUUAUUUUUCAUUUAAUUUCUGUUAUCCAACAUUCAAUGCAUACUCGAUAAUUUAACUCAUUCCUAUUGUUACUAGUGAUUUAAUUACGAUUGAAUGUUUUUUUUAAAACUGUAUAUAUCGUUAAUUGUUCGUGGUCCAUCUCCGGUGAUUUUCAUUUACUUUUUUAUCGAAACGCAGUGAAUGAUUUCGUUUGGCCAUUGUUUCAUUUCCCUGACACGAGUUUUUUUGCUACUGAAUUUGAUAAAUUUAUUUAUUUAUUAUUUUGCUGCGAAUGAUGUCGAGGAACCAAUAAUACAAAAUUGUUGAAUGCGAGAAAACAUUGUUGAAAAUAAUGAGCAGUAUCAAGGUUUUUUAUCGACCCUUUUUUAAUUAAUGCAGCGGAAGCAUUUCUGUCACUAUGUCUUUAGUUGUCUGGAUUGCAAGAGGCAGUUUUCGGCGCAUGAAAAAAUUCAAUAGGAAAUUGUAGCUAUUUUCCUCGGACAUGAAAUUGAUUUUUUUAUGAAAUUAAAAUCGAUAGAUUUGGUUUUUUUCCAUAAAAUUUCCAGGCAUAAAUUGCAUAAUUAUUUUUUACUCCGCAUUGUUCUUAAAAUUCAUUUUUCUACAUCCAUUUUUUGACAUAAUACGAAACAAAACAAAAUGGAAGAAAAAAUUGAAAAUAUAAGUUCAGAAAUUUUAAAUUUAAUGAUAUUUUUCUGCUUUACACAUUCUAUUGAUAUUUCAACAGAAUUUUUUAGCAGCCGCCAGAUUUUUCAAUUUGUUGAAUUUUUUCAUACGUAAAAUCAUUUCGAAACUCACAGACUUACUUAGAAUUAAUCAUCAUUCCACUUGAAUUGACCAGUGAUUUUAUUUCUAAGUGUUUCGUAGAAAUUAUCUUAGUUGAUAGAAAAUAUCAUAUAACUUGGAGUUUUAAGUUUGAUGUUACGAUUUUAUCUCUGAUUUGCGGUACGUAUUUUUUCAGUUAAGGCAUAGUGCCAGUAGUGUGAUAAUUGCGACAGGAGAAGAAAAAAUGGAUUUACGCUUA